AUGAUACUAAUGGUGAUCAUUUUCUUGCUGCUUCUCUUCUGGGAAAAAGAACCUGAUGAGGAUUUAGUGCUGACAUCCAUAGAGCACUCGAAUGUGGACUACCCCAAAAGCAGGAUUCCUGUAAGAUACUGCAACUCCAUGAUUCUACAAAGAAUCAUCAGGGAACCCAACCACACAUGCAAAAAGGAGCACAUCUUCAUCCACGAGAGACCCCAAAAAAUCAACAGCAUCUGUGUUUCUCCCAGGAAGAUGGCGUGCCCAAACCAUUCCACCUUUUUCUGCUUCCAGAGUGAGACAAAGUUCAAAAUGACACGCUGCCAACUCAUUGGUGGCACAAUAUAUCCUGCCUGCAGGUACCAUGUUUCCUCCUUGGAGGGGUAUGUUCUUGUCACUUGUGAUAACUUGGGGCCAGUUAAUUUCCAGGGAUUUGUUGAGUAA